CAGUAGCAUUUGCAGUGAAAACCAAUGUCAGUUACUGUGGGGCCCUUGAUGAAGAUUGUCCAGUCCAAGGUGCUGCUAUUAACUUUGAAACCAAAGACUUUCUGCACAUAAAAGAGAAAUACAACAAUGACUGGUGGAUUGGUCGGCUGGUGAAAGAAGGGGCAGACAUCACGUUUAUCCCAAGCCCGGUAAAACUGGAGGCCAUGAGGAUAAAACAAGAACAAAAAGCGGCUGCCAGGAAAGGAGGGAACGCAUCAUCGGGAGGUUGGAGGUCCACCCCUCCAUCUGCAGCCAAACAGAAGCAGAAACAGACUGAGCAUGUUCCUCCCUAUGACGUGGUUCCCUCCAUGAGGCCAGUGGUGCUGGUGGGCCCUUCACUGAAAGGCUAUGAGGUGACCGACAUGAUGCAGAAAGCCUUGUUUGACUUCCUAAAGCACAGAUUUGACGGCAGGAUCACUAUUACACGGGUGACCGCUGAUCUGUCUCUGGCGAAGCGGUCGGUACUGAACAAGAAGGCCAUUAUGGAGAGAUCCAACACGCGCUCCAGUCUGGCUGAGGUCCAGAGCGAGAUAGAGAGGAUCUUUGAGUUGGCGAAGUCUCUUCAGCUGGUUGUCCUGGAUGCAGAUACUAUCAACCAUCCAGCCCAGCUCCUCAAAACGUCUCUGGCUCCCAUCAUCGUCUAUGUUAAAGUCUCCUCCCCCAAAGUUCUUCAGAGGCUGAUAAAGUCUCGAGGGAAGUCCCAAAGCAAGCACCUCAAUGUCCAGAUGAUGGCCGGGGACAAGCUGGCUCAAUGUCCUCCUGAGAUGUUUGAUGUAAUCCUGGAUGAGAAUCAGCUUGAAGAGGCAUGCGACCACCUGACCGAGUACCUGGAAAUUUACUGGCGAGCUACACACCUCCCCUGUUCUGCCCCAAUCAACCCCUUACAGGACCAAAAUCUGGUCACGCCACCAUCAGCUAACUCCAGCCAGCAGUUUUCAGAGACUCAAGAGUUGAUAGAAUGAUUCCAGUCACAGAUAAGCAGCCUGUGCUGUCGGCUGGGGUCACAACAGUACAGACAUGAAGAACAGGGACCACCAGGGGACAGCAGCAGUCCUCUCAUCAAAGCCAGCCUCUACAUUCUCCACAUCUGGUGCAGAAAAAAGAGCAGGGUUCUUGAAAAGGGUGAAAGAGCAGAAGUUUGGUGAGCUGGGACAAGAGAAGAAAUAUAUGACACAAGGAGGAAGAUGUCACCAACUCCUCACUGCUGUCCCAGGGGCCAGAUGUUCCUGCUUCUACUGUCAAGUGAUAACUCAGGCCCACUUUCUGCAGCAGCAAAAGCACUGGUUACAGAAAUCGGUGGAAAAGUGCUGUCACUGUUCACCUCCUGAUCACCAAUCCUCCUAUGAGAUCCUUCCUCCUAUCCAGACAGUAGAAAAAUGACCCUAAUAUCCUUUAGAGAUGAGCCAGCCCAUGUGUGUCUACAGUUGUCUGAAGCACACAAAAGCUGAUUCAUCUCUCACUGGAGAUACAUCACACCUCUAUGGGGUUAAAGUAAAGUCCAUAGUACCGUUGGCACAAAGAAGCUGCUUGCACAAUGACCAUGUUUGCAGUGCAGGGCUCGUAGGGUUUAAUGUUGGAUACACAUCGCUUCUCUCUCUGGCGAGGAGGUGCGGAGAGUGACAGAAAAUCAAUUCUGUACGUCUUCCAUGUCUGCAGCUUUAAGUGAGCUGUCAUUUCAAAUGUUUAACUAAAAUGCUUCCUUAAAAGUAUGAUUGCUUCUGUCAGAGUCAUCGCAGUGUAACAUUUGCAUGGAGACUAGGAAAAUAAUCAAUUUCAUCUUUCUUUUUCUCUUUCUUUUUUAUUCUUUCUGUCUGCUGCUUUACCAAAACAGUCUUUACAACUAUCUGUAACUCAUAUCCUGGCUCUCGGUAUACCCCAAUGCAUAUCUUAACAUAUAGCUUUUAUGCAAAUAAUUUGUAACAAGCACAGAUAGCGCACAGUCUCUAUACAUCUUUGCCACUGGUGUGAAUGUAAGUUAAAUCUGAUCUGUUGGCUGAGGAAAAAGUCCUUAAGGUAAAAAUGUGCAGAUGGUUGGAGAUCAUUCCUUAACAAUUUUUUGUUAAAGAAAAAGUUACACUCCUGACAGAUAUAACAUAAUUACAACUUUGCUACAUUUAGCUUUUGUUGUUAAAGUAUUUAUCCAGUAAAAUUAUUCACACUGCAUUUGCCUAAAAUAAAUUAUAUUUAUACAACAAUGAAAGUCACCAAAAAACGUAUGAAGUAUUACUAUUUUAUUUAUUAAAUACUUAUUUCUGCCACAGCUUUAUAUUCGCAGAAUGCUUGUGAUGGUUCUUGAUACAAUAUGGCUCACCACCCAGGGUAGCAUCUUAACACGGCCACCAGGAGCACUUGUGAUGACGUUUUCUGUCAUUUCUGACUCAAAUGUGUUUUGCAUACGCAGCAUGUUUGGGAAGUGGGCAUGUCCUUGUGUUGUGCUGGGGCUCCUGUUUGGUGCUAAGGAGGCCUAACGCGUUGGGGGAUGCUUUCUCAGGGUGCCAUUCAUGCCAGAACCACCAAUGGUUGUAGCAUAACAUGCUACCAACAGAUUUAUUCAUAUUUACUAAAUGCUUAGGUUAUUUUACUCCCAAAAAGAUAGUUUAUGUUAAUUUUAAUAUAUAAUGCAUCACUGAACUGGGAGAGAAGGUUUGUGAAUUUUCUAUAUUUCUGCAUAAAUUAAAGCAUUAUCAUAUUUUUGCACAAGUCCAAAAAAGAGAAGCAUAUUACCAAAUUAUUGCAAAUAUAAUUAUUAUUGAGGAAAAACAUCACUUGCUACCUUGCUGGGACUGAUAAACCAUAUUUGAAGCUUUCAAAUUUGCACAGAACAGAAUAGUUGCAUUUAUCUGUUUUUUGAUAAUGCACUCUUUUAUUAAUAAAGUAGGAAUAUAAUAAAAUCUGACCUUGACAACAUGUUUGAGAAGAAGAUCCGCAAGGCCCUUGAAAAGGGUUGUCCCGGUCAACAUGUGUUUGUCCCUUACACCUAUCCGAGUCUUUGGAGAACAGCUUUUUGCUGAUACCUAGAGUCCUAAUGCAAUACUUACUUCAAAUCCAUGUAUGCGCUUGAAAAUUCAGGAGCUUUAAGGUGCAGUAAAAAAAAAAAAAAAAACAUUCCAUCGGAACUGAAAAUAUUACGUUCAUGUCGCUGCAGUUUCUGCCUCUCCUGACAGUGACAGAUGUAUUGUCACAACUGGGGUUUCUUCAGUUCAGCGUUGCUCUUCUAAAGAUACAUCUGCCUCAAAACAUCUAGCUACAGUCUUCAUGAAACUCACAUCCGGCAGCUGCUGACAAUGUUUUUUAGCACCACUUGGCUAAAGUCCAAUUCGACUUAAUCGUGAUCUAAUAAAAUUUACUAGAAAAUGUUUUUUUUCUUGCUUCAUAAACUGAAACAAGCUGGAAGGACUCCGACUAAACCUUUAUGAUUUAACUAGUUAAAAUGUACUCUUUUCAGCAAACUAACGUCUGCAUUCCUAUGAAUGUGCCCCAGAGACAUCAUAGCAGAUGUUAGUUUAUGCGAUCUGUAUGACUGCUGUGCUGGCAUGUCCCACAAUCAAAGCAAAAGGAGCAUAAUAUAGCAUUUAAGGAUGGCAAUGAUACACAGAAAACAAUCACACGAUAAACAACAAAAUUUUAUAUAUACAGUGCCUUGCGAAAGUAUUCGGCCCCCUUGAACUUUUCAACCUUUUGCCACAU